AGGCGGCGGAGGAGACCCGCAGCAGGAUGGGCGCCAACGGGGAUCUGUGAUCCGCCGCCCCCGCCCGCGCGCGCGCACACUCACACACCCACACACCCGCAGACUCGCACCAACACACACUCUCAGACGCCCGCGCCGCGCGCUCGCCGGCUCGCUCUCCCACGCAGGCGGAAUGCAGCAGCGCGGGGGGAGCGGGUCUCCAGCCGCUGCCUGAAUGCACCUCGCUGCCGGGAGCCAGGCGGCCCAGUAGGGCGCCCAGGAGGACGCUCCCCCGCCAAAGCCUGGAAAGUUUUAGACGGCGCAGUCUUGUUAGGUGGUCUGAGAAAUGGCUGUAGGAAACAACACUCGAAGAAGUUAUUCCAUCAUCCCAUGUUUUAUAUUUGUUGAGCUUGUCAUCAUGGCCGGGACAGUGCUGCUUGCCUACUACUUCGAAUGCACUGACACUUUUCAGGUGCAUAUCCAAGGAUUCUUCUGUCAGGAUGGAGAUUUGAUGAAGCCGUACCCAGGGACGGAGGAAGAAAGCUUCAUUACCCCUCUGGUGCUCUACUGUGUGCUGGCUGCCACUCCAACUGCUAUUAUUUUUAUCGGUGAGAUAUCCAUGUAUCUUAUAAAGUCAACACGAGAAUCCCUGAUGGCUGAGGAGAAAACCAUUCUAACUGGAGAAUGCUGUUACCUGAACCCCUUACUACGAAGGAUCGUCAGGUUCAUAGGAGUGUUUGCAUUUGGACUUUUUGCUACUGACAUUUUUGUAAAUGCUGGACAAGUGGUCACUGGGCACCUCACGCCAUACUUCCUGACAGUGUGCAAGCCGAACUACACCAGUGCAGACUGCCGGGCACACCAACAGUUUGUAAACAACGGGAACAUUUGUACUGGGGAUCUGGAAGUGAUAGAAAAAGCUCGGAGAUCCUUUCCCUCCAAACACGCUGCUCUGAGCAUUUACUCUGCCUUAUAUGCCACGAUGUACAUCACAAGCACAAUCAAGACCAAGAGCAGUCGACUGGCCAAGCCGGUGCUGUGCCUGGGCACCCUCUGCACAGCCUUCCUGACAGGCCUCAACCGAGUUUCUGAGUACCGGAACCACUGUUCAGAUGUGAUAGCAGGCUUCCUCCUGGGCACUGCAGUGGCGUUGUUUCUGGGAAUGUGUGUGGUUCAUAACUUUAAAGGAACACAAGGAUCUCCUUCCAAACCCAAAGCUGAAGAUUCCCGUGGAGUACCCCUAAUGGCUUUCCCAAGGAUAGAAAGCCCUCUGGAAACCUUAAGUGCACAGAAUCACUCGGCCUCCAUGACUGAAGUCACCUGAGAUGAUGGAUGGUACAUGAGCUGUUUUUUUAUCACUUUUCAAUUCAAUACUUCAGAACACACAGUUACUCAAUGUCAAACUGUGAAGACAAGUAUUAUGUUUAUCUAGUUAGAGGCUAAUGUUUUGUACAUUUUUUGUAUGACAAAGUGAUGUAGCUUGCCCUGAUUUUUUUGUUGGCUUUAACAUAUUUAUGCCAGAAUUUUAAAACCAACAGAAUUUUCUUCUGUUCAAGUGUGCAUUGACGAAUCACAUUAAUUCAAUGGUUGAUGUUGUUUUGUGAUAUUUGUACACAAUCCUUCUUUUCUCAGUUUUAUAAACACAAACAAAAAUAAUAUAACAAUUCACUUUAAACUUUUAUUACCACAGUUUCUGCCUCCUCCGGGUGUUUUUUGAAUUUCAAUAAGAGUUAAACUUUUGAGUUUCAGGAAGGAUGAUAUUGGUUAAUAUUAAAACACAAAAUCAACUCUGGAAAGAAAUGUGGAGGGGACUUUGUGCUCUGAUCUGUUUUCAGAUUAUUGCAUAAAAAAUUAUAGCGAAGUCAUCUAUUCCACAUUGAAAAUUAGCAGAGAAUUCUAGAUUUGGGAGUGUUUGGAUUGUUAGAUUCUUGCUCAAUAAUGGCCUUGCCCACCGAAUAAACUCAAGAUCUCUCUGGACUCUUGGCCUGGUCAGGUAUAUGACUGCAACUGUUUGUUUUUGUUUUAUUUUUUUUUAACAAGAAGUCAGCACCAGCCUUCCUUGUCAACUCAACAGUUUUGUAUAUCAUAU